UCGCUCCCGGUGCGGGGCUUGCCCCGCUGAGCCGUGGCGGGAGCUCAGCGGGCCGCAGCGGCCCGGGAGGGGAUCGGGCAGAGGCUCCACGGCGUCCGUGUCGGCACCAGACUAGCGGGAAGAGCCGGAACGAAAGCUUCCCGGAACUCGUGUGGCUGGCCCGCGUUUCCUAUAGCGGCCGCUCCUCGCCUGGGUUCCGGUUCCGGGUGGCGGCCGUGUCCUGAGCAGGGUCGCGGAGCGGGCAGGUUUCUCAAGCGAAAUCUGCUUGCCCUCACGGCCUGGAGUCAUCUUCAAGAAUUACAGGCUUUGAAGCUGUGUCCUGCAUUCUGGUCAAUUUUCUAAAAGGUAUGGGACAUGGAAGUGACCACGGCCAUGGGCAUGGCCAUGACAAAGUGGAACUCCCCGACUACAGGCAGUGGAAGGUGGAGGGAACUCCCCUCGAGGAGGUGCAGAGAAGGCUGGCUAAACGGGGUCUGAGGGAUCCAUGGGCUCGUAAUGAAGUCUGGAGAUAUCAGGGUGGCUUUGCAAGAUCCAUCACCGUGACAGAAAUCUUCACCAGGGGAUUCAAGUGGGGAGCUGCAGCUUUUGUCAUAGCUCUGGGCAUUGAAUAUGCACUCUUUCCUCCAAAGAAGAAUGGAGGCCACCACUGAAGAUCAAAUAUGACAACUUAAUACUUAUUAAUCAUAAGCUGAAGCCUACAUAAGCCUGCUGCUCACUCUGUACUUAUAAUAUACAUAUUAAAGUCUAUCACAGGCAAA